AUGGGUGUUACUCCCAUAGUCAUGAAGAGGGAGGAAAUACGCGAAAAAUUCGCUUAUACCGAAACAGCCGUCUACUGGGACAUGAAGGAUUUCCCAGUCACCGAUAUUGUUUUGUUUAAUCAGAAUAUAAGGUUGGCUCUUGCUGAUGCGGGUUAUCUUGGUAAAGUGUCAAUUAGGGCUUAUGGUGACGAGAAACCGGACGAUGAAGAAUACUAUAAGAAUGCCGAAAUCACCUUUGUAUCCAGAGGCUCUAAGCGUGCUAGAAUGCAUAUGAUGCUAGUGGACAUGCAUUUUUGGGUAGCAGAUAACCGUGAUUGUUCCCUAAAAAACGUGAUGGUAAUCGCGAAAAACAUCAUGCCGGCUGACGAUGAUGACGACAUGUUGUUCCAAGCCAAUCUUGGGCUUAUGAAUGCGAGAUGCUACAAUAUUCUCUUGGCAGUUCCUGAUGACUACCAACUCAGAAAUAUGCCAUUUAGGUGCAACUACACAGUAUGGCAUUGGAGUGACCUACUUGCUGGAGGAAAACCGCUAGACGAUAGCCUAGUAUUUCGAUGGUACGAUCAAGAACCACCACGAAACAUUGAGGCGGAACCUUGUACUCUGUGUGGAAAAUAA